UGGAAACUUGUUUCUAAUCGGUCGGUAAAAUAUAAUUUAGGAAAAAAUAUGGCGACCUAUAGCGUUCAUGUAAAAUGGGGCAAAGAAAAGUUCGACAAUGUUGAAGUUAAUACUGCUGAACCACCUGAACUGUUUCAAGCUCAGUUAUUUGCUCUAUCUGGUGUACCUAUUCAGAGGCAAAAGAUCAUGGGCAAAGGAAAAACUCUCAAAAAUGAUUCAUGGGAUGGAUUUACUUUAAAAGAUGGUAUGACACUACUUAUGAUGGGUAGUAACGAGUUGGUUCCAACCCCUCAACUUGGCACCAAAUUUAUUGAAGAUAUGUCAAGUACAGAAUUAAAUAAAGCAUCUUCUUUUCCUGCUGGUUUAACAAAUCUUGGAAACACCUGUUAUAUGAAUGCAACCAUUCAAUGUUUAAAAAAUGUACCAGAGUUAAAACAAGCACUGGAAAGAUAUGAUGGCAAAUUAAAUAUAGGAAGUAUAAUGUCUAUGCCAUCUGAUGCUAUCACUAUAUCGCUACGUGACUUAUAUAAUGUUAUGAAUAAAACAUCAGCAGCUGUUCCACCUAUUAUGUUUCUUCAGGUAUUGCAUGCAGUGUUUCCUCAUUUUGCUGAAAAAUCAGAACAAGGAGGUUUUAUGCAGCAGGACGCAAAUGAAUGUUGGACGCAGUUAAUUAGAAUGUUACAACAACGGCUACCACCUCUUAAGACAGAUUCUGACUCUAAUUUACAUAAAUCCUCCUUUAUAGAUCAAUAUUUUGGUAUAUCUUUCAAGACUGUUCUAAAAUGUGAUGAAACAGACCUGGAAGCUGAGACAACAUUAACAGAACAUUUUUAUCAGCUUAGUUGCUUUAUUUCUCAAGAUAUAAAAUAUUUAAACAGUGGGUUAAAAUCAAGGUUAAAAGAAACUAUCACGAAAGCUUCUCCAGUUUUAGGAAAAGAUGCAUUAUAUACAAAAAGUUCCUUAAUAAGUCGGCUUCCAGCAUACCUUACUAUCCAGUUUGUUCGAUUUUUUUAUAAAGAAAAAGAAAAAGUUAAUGCAAAAAUAUUAAAGGAUAUAAAAUUUCCAAUGACAUUAGAUGUGUUUGAACUUUGCAGUUCAGAAUUACAAGAAAAAUUAAAACCAAUGCGUGAUAAAUUUAAAGAAGAAGAAGAUAAAAGAGCUAAUGAAAAACUGUUACAAAUUUCAAUUGCUGCUAAUAAUAAAAAACUUCCGUUUGAAUUUAGUGAUGAUAUUGGAUCAAACAACAGUGGUUACUAUGAAUUAUCUGCUGUUCUCACACAUCGUGGGCGUUCUUCGUCAUCUGGACAUUAUGUUGCAUGGAUACGCAAACAAGAAGGAUUAGAUGAAUGGCUAAUGUGCGAUGAUGACAAUGUAUAUGCAGUUACAUCUGAAGAUAUUUUAAAGCUUUCUGGGGGAGGAGAUUGGCACUGCGCCUACGUUCUACUUUACUCGCCGAAAUCUCUCAUAGUGGCCGAUGAAAAGAACGAUCAUCAUUGAUGAAUUUUACUGCUUUACGCUUGAGUAAACUAAUGUGCUGAAUGUAGAAUGUUUGAGACCACCAGGAGUCUUUCACCGGGAAAAUAUCAUUCAUGCGAAACAUAGCCUGGUGUUACCGCGUUUAUCUGGAAUGUUUUCGUUUUUUAGGUGCCUAAAUCUAUAUUAUAGUUUUCUCAAGUUUUUCCAGCGUUUUUACCGCCAUAUGUAACUUUUCAAAUAUUUGUUUAUUGAAGCUCCGCUUAUUUUGAUAGACAAUUGAGCGCGAUUCUAAGGACACAUGUUUUAUUUUGAGGAAUUGAACUAAAAAGUUAAAAUUAAAAAUAAAAUCGAUUA